GAGGAGCUUGACUCUCUGGAAGCUCGGAUACAGCAGGACGAACAAACACAGGCAACCGUCGGGAAGUGUUCGGGCGCCAGCAAAGACCGAGAAAGCCACCUGAAAUCUCACCCUGGGAGUCUACCUGAAGCCCUGCAAGAGUAGGGGGUUGUUCCAAACAAUCGAAAACAAGCCAGUGAUACUCGGGAUGUGAAUCCCCGUGCGCCUACCUGGAUUAUUUUUGCCCUAGUCAAGCUUUAUACACUACGGAAGCAUUUUAUCAGUGUUUCCCACACAACAUUCAAGUCAGGUCGGGAACCUCUGACAGGGACUGUUCUGGGGCAGACAUGUGAUGCGAGCGGUUACUAUAAUGUGUGUUUUGCAGUCGCACGGUUUGUUUUGAGGAGUAACCCAUCGGGGAGAUCGGUAAAGGUGGGGCCGAACCGGAGACGCCAAAGGGAUUAUUUUAACACGCGUUUAGCCUGGAAGCUCUCCUUCUCUCCCUCCCUCCCUCCCUCUCUUCACCCGUAGCGUUUCGGGGAAGUCGACGGGAGGCGGUAUUUGGAAAUUAGAAACGGUUGUUGUAACUCAGCGACUGCUCUCCUCCGGUUUUGCAUUUCGGUGUGCGCCUCAUAAUUUGUGUCCACCGUCAGCUGCUUGUGGCCUUUGUCUCCUGGUUGGAACAUAAGGUUUGAGGACGCGUAUAUUUGGGGAUCAUUUCCCCAGCCGACUCUUGACUGACUAUGGCGGACGACGACAUUCUCUUUGAAGAUGUGUACGAGCUUUGCGAGGUCAUCGGAAAGGGUCCCUUCAGCGUGGUCAGGAGAUGCAUCAACAGGGACACGGGACAGCAGUUUGCUGUCAAGAUCGUGGAUGUUGCCCAGUUCACCUCCAGCCCUGGGCUCAGCACAGAAGACCUGAAGAGGGAGGCCAGUAUUUGCCACAUGCUGAAGCACCCCCACAUCGUGGAGCUCCUGGAGACGUACAGCUCGGACGGCAUGCUCUACAUGGUGUUCGAGUAUAUGGACGGUGCAGACCUCUGCUUUGAGAUCGUGAAACGGGCAGACGCUGGCUUUGUCUACAGUGAAGCCGUGGCCAGCCACUACAUGAGGCAGAUCCUCGAGGCGCUCCGCUACUGCCAUGACAACAAUGUCAUCCAUCGAGACGUCAAGCCUCACUGUGUGUUGCUGGCAUCCAAAGAGAAUUCGGCCCCGGUGAAGCUGGGUGGGUUUGGAGUUGCCAUCCAGCUCGGAGAGUCGGGACUAGUGGCGGGCGGCCGCGUGGGCACGCCACACUUUAUGGCCCCCGAGGUGGUGAAGCGGGAGCCGUACGGCAAGCCGGUGGACGUGUGGGGCUGCGGGGUCAUCCUGUUCAUCCUCCUCUCCGGCUGCCUACCCUUCUAUGGCACCAAGGAGCGGCUGUUUGAGGCCAUCUGCAGGGGAAAGUACAAGAUGAAUCCGCGGCAGUGGGGCCACAUCUCUGAGAGCGCUAAGGACCUGGUGAGACGCAUGCUGAUGCUGGACCCCGCUGAGAGGAUCACUGUCUACGAGGCCCUCAACCACCCCUGGCUCAAGGAGAGGGACCGGUACGCCUACAAAAUCCACCUCCCCGAGACGGUGGAACAGCUGAGGAAGUUCAACGCCAGGAGGAAGCUCAAGGGGGCAGUGCUCGCGGCGGUAUCCAGUCACAAGUUCAACUCCUUUUAUGGAGAUCCUCCUGAGGAGCUUCACGACUUCACUGAUGAUCCCACGUCCUCAGGACUGCUAGCGGCCGAACGUGCUGUGUCUCAGGUUUUGGACAGCUUGGAGGAGAUCCACGCGCUGACCGACUGCAGCGAGAAGGACCUGGACUUCCUCCACAGUGUAUUCCAGGACCAGCACCUUCACACACUCCUCGACCUCUACGACAAGAUAAACACCAAGUCAUCGCCACAGAUCAGGAACGCCCCCAGCGAUGCUGUGCAGAGAGCCAAAGAGAGCUCCUCCCCGGAUGAAGAAGCAAGUGGCGCUUUGAAACAUCUGGAAUAUGUACUGGAAGAAAUCUCCUGCUACCCAGAGAACCACGACGCUAAGGAACUCAGGCGGAUACUGACCCAACCACAUUUCAUGGCGCUGCUGCAGACCCACGACGUGGUGGCCCACGAGGUGUACAGCGACGAGGCUCUGAGGGUGACGCCGCCGCCCACCUCGCCCUACCUCAACGGGGACUCCCCCGGGAGCGCCGCCGGGGACAUGGACCUGGAGAACGUGACCCGCGUCCGCCUGGUGCAGUUCCAGAAGAACACAGACGAGCCCAUGGGCAUAACGUUGAAGAUGAACGACUUGAACCACUGCAUCGUAGCCAGGAUAAUGCACGGGGGAAUGAUCCACAGACAAGGAACAUUGCAUGUGGGAGACGAGAUCAGGGAGAUCAACGGCAUCAGUGUGGCUAACCAGACGGUGGAGCAACUGCAGAGGAUGCUGAGAGAUAUGCGAGGGAGCAUCACCUUCAAGAUAGUGCCGAGUUACCGGACACAGGGCUCUUCGUGUGAAAAAGAGUCCCCUUCCACCUCCAGGCAGUCCCCUGCCAACGGCCACUCCAGCAUUAACAGUUCUAUCUUGGACCUGCCGUCCUCCAUCCAACCCAAGGGUCGACAGAUCGAAUCCAGACCUGCAAUCAAGGAUAAAAUGUCUAUCAAGAUCUACGUCAGGGCUCAGUUCGAGUACGACCCCGCCCGGGACGAGCUCAUCCCCUGCAAGGAGGCGGGGGUGCGCUUCUGCGUGGGCGACAUCAUCCAGAUCAUCUCCAAGGACGACCACAACUGGUGGCAGGGCAAGCUGGAGAACACCAAGAACGGAACGGCAGGCCUCAUCCCCUCGCCAGAGCUGCAGGAGUGGCGUGUGGCGUGUAUUGCCAUGGAGAAGACGAAACAGGAGCAGCAGGCCAGCUGUACCUGGUUUGGCAAGAAGAAGAAGCAGUACAAGGACAAGUAUCUGGCCAAGCACAACGCAGUGUUUGACCAACUAGACCUCGUCACGUACGAAGAGGUUGUGAAACUUCCGGCCUUCAAGAGGAAAACACUGGUGCUGUUGGGUGCACACGGCGUGGGCAGAAGACACAUUAAGAACACACUCAUCACCAAACACCCCGACAGAUUCGCCUACCCCAUCCCACACACCACCCGGCCCCCCAAGAAGGAGGAGGAGAACGGGAAGAACUACUACUUUGUGUCCCACGACCAGAUGAUGCAGGACAUCAGCAACAACGAGUACCUGGAGUACGGCAGCCACGAGGACGCCAUGUACGGCACACGGCUGGAGACCAUCCGCCACAUCCACCAGACCGGCCUGGUGGCCAUCCUGGACGUGGAGCCCCAGGCCUUGAAGGUGCUGAGGACGGCGGAGUUCGCCCCGUACGUCGUCUUCAUCGCCGCGCCGACGAUCACCCCAGGCAUCAACGAGGACGAGUCGCUGCAGCGGCUGCAGAAGGAGUCAGAGAUCCUGCAGAAGACCUACGCCCACUACUUCGACCAGACCAUCAUCAACAACGAGAUCGACGAGACCAUCCGCCACCUGGAGGAGGCCAUCGACCUGGUGUGCACCACCAACCAGUGGGUGCCCGUCUCCUGGGUCUACUGACCGCCCCCCCCACCCGUCCCAGUCCCCGUCCCCGUCCCCCCCCAAGCUUGGAUCGCGCCCCCUACACCCACCGGCUCCCCCCCGCCCCUUCUGCCCGUCUCUCGUCCCAGGCGGGUUGACCUCCUCCUCCUCUUUCUCAAACCUACUUCAUUGGUUCCUCCGACCUCUUGACUCCUCCCCUGUCCGACCUCUCGACCUAUAACAAAGCACCUGGGAUCGCGCCCCUCCCCGUAGUUCCAGGGAGAAGAAGAAAUGAGCGGCGCGAACCUACCAACCAACCAACCAAGCAAGCAUACAAUGGAAACGCCUCACGCUGCAUCGAACACCGACGCCACCGCCAGACCACCGCAUCCACAGAGGACGGUGCGCCGAUGGACCCCGGCCAGUACAGACCCCCCAGCCCUAGCGCUUUGUAGGACGAUGUAAAGCGAAAUGAGUAUUGUCGUGUCUGUGAGUAGCUAGGCCAGGAGACAUUCUUUCAAGAUGUUUCUUUUAGCAAGACGGUACACCCCCCCCCCCCUCCCUUCUCAUGUGGUAUCCGAGCCCGAGAUGUGUGAGUGAGACUCUUGAUGACCACACACACCAGUAAUUCUGUCAGGUGUUGUAAUUCUUAUUGUGUCAAGCCCCUUAGAGGUGUGUGUGUGUGUGUGUGUGUGUGUGUGUGUGUGUGUGUGUGUGUGUGUGUGUGUGUGUGUGUGUGUGAGAGAGACCUGGAAGAGGGUGGGGGGGGGAAAGCACACUUGAAAUGCAAGUGUCUGCCAUCGCUAGUAUAGACAACAUCAGCUCCCCUCAUUAUUUAUGAAUGAUAUAUAUAUGAAUCCUUUCCAUGCACACACACCUCUGGGGACACUAGUGCCCUUCAGGUUCAGAUCCUCCCUGUCCUUUUGAUGGUACCGCAAUGGAGGCGUUGCCCCGUUGCUACCCCCUGAAGACCCUGACACACUGCGCAGAUGGACAGAUUGAAACACACACACACACAUCCGUCUUAUCACCACACUCCGUCUCUUCUAAUGAACCCGUGUAUGUCUUUAGAGGUUUCCCAACGAGGGGUCUUGCAUGUGGACGUUCACAAGCUCAGUACCUACCCAGCCCCCCGUCUCCCACCCCCCCGUCUCCCUCUCCCCCCCCGUGUCCCUAACUGUUGAAACCUCCAAGAGAGAAACCACAGAAGGUGGAGAAGGUGGUAGAUAAAUAAAAAAAAAAAGAACAUUCCAGCUGCUUUGAAGACUGCACCUGACCAAGGAACGCGUGGGGAACCAGGAAAUGACCCUGACUGCACCCACAGCCGGGCGUUGCCCUGACAACCUAUGCACAUCCUUCGCAUUUCGGGCAGCAUUUCUAAAACAACGCGUUUGUAAAGAUCAACCAUAUGUGAGAUGUGUUUGUAAAAAAUAAAAAAGAUAAUUCAAUAAACAAAUCGCAUUGUUUCAAAUUUCGAUUUGUCCUACUUUGGAGAUGUGGGGGAAGAAUUACAUGUUAUUCUUCAUUUGCCAUUUCAGAAAUGUGUUGUCUGAGAGUAUUAAUGUUUUAAACUAAGUUUAACCAAUGAAAGAUAAAUGCUGAUUUCUUUUUUAAAUCUACAGCUGUGUAUCUGUAUGGACAGGAUGUGCGCCGUGCACAUUGCUGAAAAGUGAAUUCUUCGCAUGGGAAGGGGAGGCCACUUGUGCGUCUGAAUAACUUGUAUAUGAAUAUGACAUGUGGCAUAGGACUGCCCCUGUGUAAAUGACUCUGCAAUGUUAAAAGUUCUUCAGUAUGAACAUUUUUUUAAAAAUAUAUUUCCUUUUAUGUGGUGAAAAA